CUCACCCACCUGAGUCCCGCAAGACAGCAUGCACUGUGCCCAUUGUAUCAUGUGCAUGAUGGAAAGCCGUUGCCUCGGUGUGUGAUGACUCCCGCCGGAGCAUGAUACUUGGGAACAUCUUGUUAUGAGAGCGCUCAACGGUUGCCUUCCUCUGAGAAGGAUAUAAGAAUCUGAAAUCUCGCUCACCUAGAGUUUUCUUUUCCCCAAGCAGACCGAUCCUCCAAAAGACAAGCCUAGAACAUCAACGAGCCAACACUCUCGCUACUUCCAUCAUCAACAUGAAGGUUUCUAUCGUUGCUCUCGGCCUCGUUGCCGCUGCUGUCGCUGCCCCGGCUCCCAUGCCCGAGCCUACCGCCGCCCCCGAGCUCGACCUCGAGGCUCGCCAGGUCGGUGGCAAGGUCCAGGGCUCUGUUGAUGGUCUCUCUGGCUUCGUCUCUGGCGUUGUCGGCUCCAGCACCCUCGCUGGCUGCAUCGGUGGUGUCCUCCCCAACGGACUCGGUGCCACCCUUUGCUUCCCUCCUCAGUUCGCUCUCCCCACCAAGGCCCCCAAGGCUUCCCGGGUCGCCCGUCAAGUCGGUGGCCAGGUUGGUGGCUCCGUCGGCCCUGGCCUGAACGGCUUCGUCUCCGGUGUCGUUGGCUCCAGCACCCUUGCUGGCUGCAUUGGUGGCAAGCUCCCCAACGGUCUUGGAGCUACCCUCUGCUUCCCUCCCAAGUUCGCCCUCCCCACCCGCGCUCCUCGCGAUGCUGAUGCUGAGGCUCAAAUCGGCGGUGCCCUCGGUGGCUUCGUUGGUACCGGUCUCUUCGGCACCCUCUCCGGUGACAUCAACACCCAGCUCGAGGGCCUGAUCGGUGGCUUCUUCGGCAACAAGGGUACCACCGUUACUGCUGUCAAGCCUCUCCCCAGCAAGGCUCCCCGCGAUGCUGAGGCUCAGAUCGGUGGUGCCCUCGGUGGCUUCAUCGGUACCGCCCUCGCCGGUACCCUCUCUGGCGAGAUCCAGAGCACUGCUCUCGUUGGUGUCAUUGGUGGCCAGAAGGGCUCCAAGGGCAAGACCGUCUCCGUCUCAUUCCCUCUCCCCACUAAGGCUCCCCGCGCUGCCGACGCUGAGGCUCAGAUCGGUGGUGCCCUCGGCGGCUUCGUCGGCACCGGCAUCUUCGGUACUCUCUCUGGCGACAUCAACUCUCAACUCGAGGGUCUGAUUGGCGGCUUCAUUGGCAACAAGGGUACCACCAUCACCACUGCCAAGCCCCUCCCCAGCAAGGCUCCCCGCCAAGUUGGUGGCAAGGUCGGUGGCUCCGUCGACGGUCUUAACGGCUUCGUCGCUGGUACCGUCGAUGCCAACGGCAUCCCCCACGGCUGCGUCGGCGGUGUCCUCCCCAACGGUCUUGGUGCCACCCUCUGCGCCAAGGAGGCCGCCCCCACUGCUUAAAUCAUCAAACUCGUUGAUGACGCCUUGAAUUGAGAUUCUUUUUGCAGAAUCUAUUCUUUCUACACG